AUGUGCAAACGAUCGUUGGGCGAUCUGGAUGGAUCAGCAAGUGAUCCUCGAUCAUGCAAAAAAAUUGCCACCGAUCGUAACCAUUUGCUCGAUGUUCGAAGGGCAAAGUCUUUGCUUCUUUCUCGGUUAAACGGUAAAGAGCUACCACUGAAACUGUAUGGACUCGAUAAUGAAUACAACAAGCUGUACAGCCUCCUAAAACAGACAGUAACCACGGGUGAAAGCAAUUCCUGUGUCAUCAUUGGCAACAGAGGUACAGGAAAAUCAGCAUUAGUUCGAUCUGUUAUUCGCGAUCUCCAAGCAACACAGCAGCAGAGUGUUUCAUCUUCCAGUAAUCCGAAGGAGCAGCAGCAACCAUUUUGUGUCAUCAGGUUAAAUGGUCUGACAGAAACGAACGAUCGACUUGCAUUAAACGAGAUUUCACGUCAGUUGUUCGAAGAGCAGCAACGUUCUUUGACAGAGCAGGUUGAAGCAGAAAAGCGUAGUUUUAGUUCCUUUGCAGAUUCUUUUGAGUAUUUACUGUCACUACUCAAGGCUGGAACAAAAGGAUCUCUACCUGUUAUAUUCAUCUUGGACGAAUUUGAUCUUUUCGCCCAACACCCGAAACAGGCAUUGCUGUACAAUUUAUUUGAUGCGGCUCAAAGUGCACAAAACCCUAUAGCCGUCAUUGGAUUAACUUGCCGAUUAGAUGCCUUGGAUUUGUUGGAAAAACGUGUUAAAUCACGUUUCUCACAUAGACAGCUUUACUUAUUCCCCUCUUCUAACUUUGGCCAAUUCUUGGAAGUCGCCAAAGGUACACUCACAUUACCAGAAGAAUAUGCAGCAAGUGAAGCGUUCAACCAUAGUCUGGACAAUCUCUUUCAAACGCCUACAUUAAAUAGUAUAGUAAGACGUAUCUAUGAUAUCAACAAGGACAUUCGUAUGUUCCAAAAGAUCUGUUUUACAGCUGUUCAUAAUUUGAAACCAGAGGCACCUUUCUUUGACAUUAAUGACUUUGUAGAGUCCAACCUGGAACAGAAAGCAGAUGCUAAAAUUGAGCUGUUGAAGGAAAUUGCAUUAUUGGAACUGUUACUCAUCAUCAGUAUGAAAAAAUUAUUAGAAAAGGAUCUCACAACAUUCAAUUUUCAGAUGGUGUAUGAAGAGUAUAAGGAAUCAUUGAAUCAAGCAAAAUUAAAUAAUAGAGGAUUCGGUGUGAAACUAUUCAAAAAGGCUGUCGCCUUCAAGGCUUUUGAGAAUUUACAACUGUGCGAAUUGGUAUGUCCAAUAGAUACAGCUGGUAAAUGCCCAAAGGAGUUUCGAAUGAACAAACUCAUGUUAGAACCUGCUCAAGUAGCAGAAGCAGUUUUAAAAUACGACUGUAGUAUUUUGAUAAAGAAAUGGGCAACAGGAGCUGCUUAG